AUGCCGCACUCGGUGUACCUUGCGUACCUCGCGGCUUGGGCGGCGCUCGCGGGCCUUAUCGUGCUCAUGAGUAUCCACCGCCUUGUGCUGCGCGUGCUCUUGAGCUACCGCGGCUGGCUGUACCUCGCGCCGCGACAGGUGAGCAACGUCGUGACGCUUUGGGGCGGCCUCGUCAAGCUCCUCGGCGGGAAGGACCCGCUCACGUACUCGUACCAGUCGGCGCUGCCGCGCAUGUCGGUGCCGGCGCUGAGCGGCACGAUCGAGCGCUACCUCAAGUCGGUACAUCCGCUCAUGGACGCGACCGAGUAUGCGGAGAUCGAAGGCCUCGCCAAGGACUUUGAGGCGACCGUGGGCCCGCGCCUUCACAAGUACCUCGUGCUCAAGAGCUGGUUUGCGGACAACUACAUCACCGACUGGUGGGAGAAGUACGUGUACCUCAAGGGCCGCACGUCGCUCAUGAUCAACUCGAACUACUACGUGCUGCCGCCGCGCGAGUACAUUCCGUCGACCGUGCCCGUCGCGCGCGCCGCCGGCAUGCUUCGCCAGCUCCUCACGUUCAAGAUGAACCUCGACCGCGAGCAGCUCCCGCCGCUCAUGCUCCGCGGCAUCGUGCCCAUGUGCAUGGCGCAGUACGAGCGCAUCUUCUCGACGACGCGUCUGCCGGGCCGCGAAGAGGACACGCUCGCGCGCUACGAGUCGUCCAAGCACAUUGCAGUCAACUGCAAGGGCCGCUGGUUCAAGGUCCCUCUCUACACCAAGGGCACGUACGGCCAGCUCCUCUCGGCGCGCGACAUGGAGCGCCAGCUCGCGGCCGUCGUCGCCGCGGCGUCGUCGACGGUGCCGGAAGCCCACUUGUCGGCGCUCACGGCCGCCAACCGCACAACGUGGGCCGAGCUCCGCGACACGCACUUCUCGGACGGCGUCAACAAGAAGUCGCUGCACGUGAUCGAGUCGGCGAUCCUCGUCUUGUACUUUGACGAGGGCACGCCCAACGAGAUGGAGGCGCUUGGCCGGUCGCUCAUCCACGGCGACGGCGCGUCACGCUGGUUUGACAAGUCGCUCACGAUGGUCGCCUUUGCCAACGGCCGCAUUGGCAUGAACGUCGAGCACGCGUGGGCCGAUGCGCCGGUCGUCGCGCACCUCUGGGAAGAGUCGUGCACGCGCGAAGUCCUCGACCAAAUGUACAACGCGGAUGGCCACUGCAAGGCGUCGGACGCGGACGUGGCGACGCUCCCGGCCGUCAAGGUGCUCCAGUGGGACUGGACGCCGGCGCUCGAUGCCGCCGUGCAGACCGAGCUCGCGAUUGCACAGGCGGCGAUUGCCACGUUUGACCACGCGGUCAUUAGCCACACGGACUAUGGCAAGAUUGCGAUCACGAAGAAGUUCAAGAUGAGCCCGGACGCGUUCAUGCAGAUGGCGCUCCAGUACGCGUACUACAAGAACUCGCACGGGACGUUUACGCAGACGUACGAGGCGAGCAUGACGCGCCUGUACAAGCACGGCCGCACCGAGACGGUCCGCCCCGUCACGGACGCGUCCAAGGCCUUUAUCCUAUCGCUUGUCGACGAGACCAAGACGAACGCGGAGCGCCGGGCGCUGGCGUACGCGGCGGGCGAGGCCCACCAGGACCUGUAUCGCCGCGCCAUGUGCGGCGAGGGUGUCGACCGCCACCUCUUUACGCUCUACUGCGUCUCGGUCGGCAUGGGCAUCGAGUCGCCGUUCCUCAAGCAGGCGCUCCAGCGUCCGUGGCGUCUCAGCACGAGCCAGCAGCCGCAGCAGCAGACGGACAACUGGAAGGAUGUCGCCAAGCUCUUGAGCAAGGCGGAGUAUGACGGCAUGGUGUGCCCGGGCGGCGGCUUUGGCCCCGUCGCGACCGACGGCUACGGCGUCAGCUACAUGAUUGCCGGCGACUCGAACCUCUUCUUCCACAUCUCGAGCAACAAGUCGGCGGAAGGCACGUCGUCGCACGCGUUUGCAGCCGACCUCUUUGCCGCGCUCAAGGAGCUCGCGCAGAUUUUCGAGACCGAAUAG